UACAAUGUAUGUAAUGUACGUAGAUACGCGUAUUUUGCAUUCGUACGAAAGAUGUGACCACGGCCGCUAGUGCAGUUGUAUAUUUUUUGAUGUGGAAAAAAAUCGCCUCCUUUAUUUCGAGCGGCUUCGUAACUCGUAUACGAGUAAUAGGUACAUGUACAUCUACAUACACGUAGGUACUACAUUUAUACGAAACGUAAGCGCGAUAUAUUUUUUUUUUCAAGUUCAACUUUUAUUUGUCAUAGGCGAAUGGUUUGAUUUUUUUCAAAACUGCGUGACAUUGCUAUUUGCAAAUCGGCGCGGCGCGGCGUGUGCUUGUGUUCUACGCGCUAGAAAACGUUUAAUGGGCUUUUUAUAUACUUUUUUUAGUUGCAGUUUAACGGUUAUUUUGUGUAUAGUGACCACGUGAACGAUAAUUACCUACAGCGAAAUUUUCGACGCUAUCUGUGAAAUUAACGUUGGUUCGAGUUAGGUAACUUAUUAAAAAUUGCAAAAUUCGUUCGAUACUGUUCGCGAGACAAGUGACAAUCUGCGUAAACCAGUACCUACCUACCUACCUACAUAGUGACGUUUGGAAAAAAUUCUAAAAAAAUGGCAGCGAUCGCAGGCUGGUUCAAAUAUCAACUAGAUUUAACCAUCAAGGAUAAUGUUUAUGAUAAGGAAGUAGAUUCGUGGUUUCUGAUGGAUAAUCUGUUACCGGUAAUCGGCAUACUGGCUGCGUAUUUACUAUUCGUGCUGAAAUUUGGUCCUCAGUGGAUGCAGAAUAGGAAACAAGUUCCAUUACAGGCUGCGCUUUUAUUUUAUAAUUUAGCCAUCGCCUUAUUCAACGCGUACAUGUUUACUACGUACUUAAGGGCGAUGACAUAUCCGUGGAAAUAUCUUUGUGUACCUCAUCCAGACAGGAACACUCUACCCUUCACCCGGCAGCUUUACAGGACUUGCUGGUAUUAUUUCAUUUCGAAAAUCAUCGAACUUUUGGAUACGGUAUUUUUCGUAUUAAGAAAAAAACAAUCUCAAGUGACGGCUUUGCACGUUUAUCAUCAUUCCAGUAUGGUUCUAAACACGUGGUUAUACUUGAAAUAUUUAAAAACUGAACAAGGUAUCGUUGUAGGAGCCCUCAACACGUUCGUUCACGUCAUCAUGUACAUGUAUUAUUUCUUGGCCGCUUUGGGUCCGUCAAUUCAAAAGUAUCUUUGGUGGAAGAAAUACAUUACCGUGAUGCAACUCACUCAAUUCGCAAUUAUAUUAACCUACCUGAUGACGUUACUAGUAAUUGAUUGCAAAGUUCAUCGAGCCAUGUCCAUGUACAUGUUCUUCCACACGAGUGUAUUUUUACUCAUGUUUUUAAAUUUCUACAGGAAAGAGUAUUUCAAAGAAAAAUCAAAAUGUGUUAGAAAUUUUACCGAAAGAUGUAAACGAUCGUAAUAUUUUUAAUACCUACGUAUUAUAGAGAUUUUUUUACUCUCGUCUCAAUUUUUAUAAUUUUCAACUCGCGAGUAUUUUUUUAUCAUUAGGUACCUAUGUAGCCUAUUAUUAUUUUUUUUCGUUUUUAAAAUCAACCGUGAUCUAUUUAUUUGUAUUUAUAACAUUGUGAUAUUAUCUUAACGUUGUAUUUCUUCUUUUUUUCCAUCAUUUUGUUUUCGCAUCAACGUUGGCUAUUGUAAUCAAUUUUUAAAUCGAGAAUACAUUUUCACGCAUUUUACUGUACACAUAGAUACCUACCUACCUACCUACCUACCUACCUACCUAAUUACCUAUCACCAGCAAUACGUAGGUGUAGGUACGACUGAUGCGAUGUGUAUGUGUAUGUGUAAUUUCAUCUUGCGAUGUUACAUACUCUUCGAACCUUGUCUUCGAUAAUAAAAUUUAAAAUAUCCGAUA